AUUAACGUGCUCAUAUUAAAUAAUUAUGAACAAAUCAAGUUUAUGCGAGAACAUUUUGGAUCUCAGUAUAGAUAUAAUAGGCAAUAUUAAAACUAAGCUCUAGUGUAUCACAACACAACAAUUACCCAACCUUUCAAUUUACACGGUUAAUGCUUAAAUCGGAUCACCAGAACGAUUUUACAUGUUAUUUUAACAUUCUGCCCUAUUUGUAUGAAACACAACAGAUAAAUCAUCUUCCCCGAUUAUUUUCUUCUGAAGUUCAGUCCAUAACACCAACAUGUAGCACUUGGUAGCUCUAAAAAAGUCACGUGAGGUCCAUAAAGUUAGUUUUAUGGUUUUAGGGGGGUUGAAAAUGCGCUACAUAAUUCACAUUCUUGAAUGUAACUGACUGUUUAACUGCUUCAGCGGGAUUCUAAAGGUUGUGGGCAGCAUGCGGAGUCUUCUCAAACUGGACAGUCGUAAUAUCCCAUGCUGACUUUGCUGUCAACAAUGAUUUUCAUAAUAAUUCUGCUGGAUGUGAAAAGGCAACACGUCUUCUCUCAACAAGUGCACCACAGUGACGCUGUGUUCAUCAAAUGGAUAAACAACUGAGAAGAAGGAAUGUGACAAAAUAAAGAGAGGCUCCAGAGCAGAAAGGCAACGCAGCCUAUCCGUCAAGAAUGGCUUCUCGCCGAGCUUAACUUGUGUGAGUUUGGGAGAAAUUUCUUGGGGCUUUUCCCUCGCAAGAAGCUGUCCUCAUUGCUGUGGACAAUCAAUCGGGAGAAUGUAGGACCAAGCGCACAGCAUAAGCACCAUUCAUUGUCAUCUUCCAGCGGGCCUCCGGAACCACACUGUCACAUGACACAAGAGGCCAGAGUUUUGCUAAACCUCCAGAAAAGACUAACAUGAUAUUGAAAGCCGUGCAGAAAAUGCAGAUAAGGAACACUAUCGUCUGUCUCACUGCGUCGCGGAAUUAUUCGGAGAAGGUAGUUCUACAUUUGAACUCAAAGAAAAAAAUCCUCCCCAAAAAUAUUGAGUCAGCGACCGCCAAGGACCAAAAUGCAAAGUGAUAUUUAAUGCAGGACGACAAAUAGAAAAACGAAGAAAAAUGGCCACAAGAUCUGAAUCAAGACUUGCAUUAACUUCUGCAAACUAUACCAGAGAUAAUAUCAGAUCAACAGGUUUGCAAUAGUUUGUAGUGCAAACUGUAUACUGGAUAUAUUAUUGAAUGACAUAAUUCAAGCAAAUGCUACAAAUAGGAGCGUGGCGUCUUUUGUGGUGAGUAAAUAUAAGCCAAUUCAGAAAUCCUAAAUUUAGUAAGUUAGAAUGCAUACCUAUUUGAUGAAAUAUUACAAUUUUGUCAUAGUGUUAGAUGGGCCUAACUAUAUACUAUUGUAUUCGCUUUUUAUUAAAAUGUUGAUGCAAAGUUUAUUUAAAUGUAGAGUAAAAAAUAACCUCAUAACAGCACAGGAGCUACAAGAACCCUCCGGCUGGGAUUGAUUGACUCAAAAAAGCACAUACUGCUGGAAACAACUUACCAAGCAUUUGAUGCUGUAAACUUAAAAUCUGUUUUCGUAAGUAUAAAAAGAGUCUCUCUUGGUCGGACCAUCUCUGCAGCAAACCAAAACUUGCGCGAAACUUCAACAAAAUGUAUUAAUGGCAUCUACAAUGCCUAAGGUGAAAGUCCUUCCGCACACAUGGCUGGGCAUGGUUAUCUAGUCUAAUGGGUCGCGUUUCUGUCUCUUCUGAACAACCUCGUUUCCACAAAACUGCAAAUUCCCUAGAGCGUAACCCAUAACAAAGCUACCCUUCAAAUGACAAAAAGCCAAUUUCACGUAUUAUUUGCGAAAUUAAUUUCAAUCAUAGAAUAUUAGGCUUUAUUAAUGCACUUACUUUAUUAAAUAAUGUAACCUAUUUUGGGUUAAUAAAUCAGUCAAAUCACUGUGUAAAAAAAUUAAAUUGCCAUUAUAAUGAGGUUUUAGUGUGCUACUUUAUAUUGCGUUUAUUUUAGAAAGUUUUUUAGCUGCCCUAAUAGAAUUUAGCGUUUACUUUAGGAUAAAAUUACACGCUAAACCACUAUCUGUCAAAGAUAAAGAGAGAAAAAAUUUGAAGAUUAUUAGGAACAAAACUUCCUAGCUCCAUAAAUAUCUUACUUUAACGAAAGAUUAUAGACCAUAGAUUAUGUUUUCUAUGCUUAAAAUAGAUAUGCCCAUAUCUUACUUUAAAAGUUAAAGACAAACUUUAUUUGUGGGGGUCUACUAAGUCUAAGUAGGACUUCAGAUUUCGAAACAAUACAAGAAGAUCAAUAUUAGGUAAAAAAUACAAAGGCAAACUAAUUCACGUCAGAUGUUAUUGCGCAUCAUGUAUUUCAGCGGCCUAUUAAAUUUAUAGCUCGCUAAACAAAUACAGUUGUCCUCACCGUCACAGGUACACAAUAGCUAUAAAUUAUCUCUUGCUGUACUCGCUUUAAUUCACAUUAGACCUACAUAGCGACUUUAUCAGAUUGACGGGUGGAUUCGAUUGAUGUGUUUGUCAUGUAAAUACGAAUCGUUUGAUGGACACCUGCAACGCCCAGAGUGCUACCGCAGGUCGCACACUAUUGGCGCAAAAUUAGUCACAUGAUCUGUCACUUAACUGAUAUGAGCUCAGAUACAACUUUGCGUGGUUUGACAUACUGCUUAGAGGUUGUAGGGGCACUGGGACCACACAUCAGCUCAUAUUGACCCUGCUUAAUCAAUUUUGCUUGGUCAGUCAACAAUGAAUUCUUACUUAGAUUAUACGAUUUAUAACCGUGGUUCUAACACUUAUAGUUCGAAAGUUGGGUGUUUUCCUGUAGAGCAAGAAUACUUGCCAAGUGCUUGUGCAAGUACAAAUAGUUACAUUCCCGAGGGACGGCCAGUCGGAGGAAACACUUUCACAUCGGCACCGCACGAAACUCAUGGCACAUCUUACGCACAAAUUCAAUCGCAGCCCUUCCACCUCAACGUGGACAUGGGUAAAACAGGACACAGCAAUUUCUGCAAGCAAACCAGACCUCCUCAUUCGGACUAUGGACAUCAACACGUUCUCACUCAAGCAGAUGACCACAUGCGCCUUCAGUCCCCUGGCUUUUCCGUCGUGAAUAUGGGAGCCAAUAUUGGAACUUACAGUGAAUCAAACUGCAGGCCUGGCUCGGUCUCUGCAAGCCACUAUCAAUCAUAUGCAUAUGGAGAACCCGAACCACACGGCUAUGGUUCGUUCAGCAAGUAUCAGGUCUCCCCUGACAGUGACAGCGACUCCAAGACGAACAUUAAACAAGCGCCAACCUUUGACUGGAUGAAAGUCAAGAGGAAUCCCCCUAAAACAGUUAAAGUCGCCGAAUACGGAAUCCAUGGCCAGCAGAACAUAAUACGCACCAAUUUCACCACCAAGCAGCUCACGGAACUUGAGAAGGAGUUUCACUUCAACAAAUACUUGACCAGAGCGCGCAGAGUGGAGGUGGCCGCCACACUCGAACUGAACGAAACGCAGGUUAAAAUCUGGUUUCAGAAUCGCAGAAUGAAGCAGAAGAAGCGCGAGAAGGAAGGCACGGCCCCGGUGAUUAAAAGAGUAACCCUUUGCUCUUCUGGUCAAAACGCAGACCACUCAACUAGCUCAUCGCCUGGUGCUUCGCCUACCUCGGACUCUUCCACUGCAAUUUGAUGAGUGCCAGACUUUCGUUUCGUUGCUGGAGGACUAUUUAACUUAUUCUGUCGUAGAAAAAAAUAUUGUUUACGUGCUAUUUGUGUUUUUGUGCUGCAUUAGAACUACUAAAUAGAUGCAUUAACAGGGUAUAUGCUUAACGUUCAAAUGUUCUUUUUCUUGUUGUUGUCGUCCGGUCAAUUAUUUUGCACUACAGAUUCAUUCCUCUGUUGAAAGAGUAAUAAAAUGUGAAAAAGACUGACAUGUUUAUGUAUUUCGAAUAUAUUCGGACCUGUGACCUGAUAAAUAAAUAUUUUAUUUUUCUGAAA